ACUUUGGCAUGUUCACACCCAAAACGGGUAGAAAAAGAAAAGAAGGUAUUAACAUUAUAAUUGAUUAUUACAUGAUGCAUAACGGGUUCAAUAGACAAUCAACCUUGAAGGACAAGUUUAAAUCUUCGAUUUGUUGCUUCACGGGCACAGUUCAUCAUCAUCAUCAUCACCAUCAUGAUCACUCAUUAGACCAUUAUAACAAGCUUGACACACCAAGAACACCACUUUCGCCAUCAUCAUGGUUCAGGAAAUCACCCACGAGCAGCGAGUACGGCGUGGACACGCCACGUGUCAGGGGUCGCAGCCUCAGGUCAAGGAUGGGCCACCGCAAGCACCACCACAACCGUCAGUCACAAUCCGCUGACUUCAGCUACGACCCUUCGAGUUAUGCCCUCAAUUUCGAAAAUGAGAGCCCCGAGAAUGAGUUCCCCAUCAGAAACUUCAGCUCCCGCUUGCCGGCGUCGCCGCCCACUCCGGCGUCUCUUCCGCCGCUCUCGUACUCCGACAUGCUUCCCAAGGAGAUUAUUGGGUAUAUAUAGUUGACCUGUGCCAC